UUUGCUAUUGAGUUAUUUGACUUCCUUGUAUAUUCAGGGUAUCAAUCUCCUGUCCAGUGAAUAGUUGAAACAUGGAUUCAGACACACUGCAAACCUUCCAGAGGGAACUCUGUUGCUUUAUCUGCAGGAACUACUUAAUGGACCCUGUCACCAUUGACUGUGGGCAUAGCUUUUGCAGGCCCUGCCUUUGUCUACUCUGGGAGGAAGGCCAAGCUCCAACGGGCUGUCCUGUGUGUGGGAAAAUCCCCCAGAAGACUGACUUCAACACCAAUAUUGUUCUCAAGAAGUUGGCUUCUCUUGCAAGGCAGCACAGACCUCACAACAUCAACAGCUCAGAGAAGCAGAUCUGUGUGCUACAUGAAGAGGAAAAGGGGCUCUUCUGUGAGGCAGAGGAGAGACUCCUCUGUGGGCCCUGCUCUGAGUCACCAGAGCAUGAGGCUUAUGGCCACAGACCAAUAGGAUGGGCUGCUGAGGAGUGCAGGGAGAAACUUCUAAAGAAAAUGGAUCCUUUAUGGAGGAGCACUCAAGAAAUGCAAAACAAUCUAAAUCAGGAAAUUAGCAAAAUCCAUUCAUUAACGGACUAUGUGGCCCUCAGGAAAGGGAUGAUCAGAUAUCAAUAUCAGAAGUUGCGCCAAUUUCUCCUGGAGGAGGAGCAGCGCCAUCUGGAGACAAUGGACAGAGAAGCAGAAGAGAUUGUUCGACAACUCCAAGACAGUGAAGUAAGAAUAACCCAACAUAUAAAAAAGACGAAAGACAUGUACAGAGAGCUGUGGGAGAUGUGCCACAUGCCUGAUGUGAAGCUGCUCCAGGACUUGGAAAACAUACUGGAACGGACAGAGUUGGUACAAAUGGAAAAGCCCCAGCCAGUGAACCCAGAACUCACUUCCUGGCACAUCACUGGAGCGCUAGAUAUGCUCAACAAAUUCAGAGUGGAUGAUCUUCUGAGUAAGGAAAAGGCGAGUCACUAUAUGAGCCUUUCUGAGGAUGUCAGAAAUGUGAUAUUUGGAGAUGACCAUGAUGGUGCACCUGGGGAGUCCCAGAGAGCAGAGAACUUUGCAGCAUGGGGAGCUCAGGCCUUCUCCUCCGGCAGGCAUUACUGGGAAGUGGAUGUAACCCACUCCUCCAACUGGAUUCUGGGAGUCUGUAAAGAUUCCAGGACAGCAAACACAAAUCACAUUCCUGCUUUUGAGGAAGCAUUUUUUCUAUUUUCUUCAAAGAGAAACAACCUCUAUAGCCUCUCCAACAUCUUUCUUCCCUUAACUCACUAUGUGCAAAGACCUUUGGGCCGGGUUGGGGUGUUUCUGGAUUAUGACAACACAGUUGUGAGCUUUUAUGAUGUUUCAAAAGGUUCCCUCAUAUACAGCUUUUUCCCUUCCUCUUUGUCUUCCCUUUUGACACCUUUCUUUUGUUUUGGUUCCCCAUGA